AUGCAAAAACCGAUCGGGAUUCGCGUUUUUCCUUCGCAAAAAACCUCGGAAAUUACGAGUAAUGCACACGUUUUACAUUACAGAGUUCCACCCGAAGAACCCCCAAUCGAUUACACACUUCGCGAAAAGCCAAAAGUUCGAGCCGAUUACCGUGUCGUUUUUCCGCCUGUCCGCGAGCAUCCUGAUGACUAUUUUGGGGAAAUCGGUGACGCAAAAUCGAUCACAAGUCGAAAUCCCGUUCACCAAAUUCACUCACAGCCCACACAUCACAUUCAUGAAGUCAUCGAGAGUGCACCUGCCGAACCAAUCCCGAAUCUUCCAAUGCGAAUGAGACGGAAUACAGCCGAUGAAGUAUUGCAUGAUCUUGAUUCAGCUCUAGAAGAUGAACAAUACGAUUUCGAGGAAAUACGUGAUAAAGUCAAGGCAAUGAAUCUCUCAUUUCGUCAAUAUUCACCGGGUUUUGCGUUCGAUUCUUACGACAGUCAACCAGCGCAAAGAAUAAGUGACGAUCUUUCCUCUCGUGUUCACCGUUUAGCCGUCUCUCCACCGAAUACAACAAGACAGGCAAUUCAAACUGGAAACCCGAUGAACGCUGCACAAGGAUUGAACGAUUCACACAGAAAUCACAUUGAGACACAAAGGAGAAAAGCCGAAUUGGAGAUCAAACGAGCGAGACAAGUGUACAACGAGGAUUUCUUCUUCGAUCAGACGCCGGAAUUCGAAAGGAAUAGUCGAACGCGGACCCCCGAAUGGAAAAGACGAUUAAUCGCAAGAAGAAUGGCAGCGGAGGCGAUUCGACAACACGAAGAGAGAGUGCUGGAAGAUUUCUAUGAAUGGAAGCGACGCUUCGAGCCAAGUUAUCUCGACUCAACUUAUUCGCCAAAGGGAAGCGCUCGUUUACCCCGG